UGUGCAGAUGUGGUGUCUGAGAGCAGAGGUUAAUUAGGGUUUGUUAGAUGUUAGGGAAGAGGGAGAUGGGACUGGGGUGAGCUUUUAAUAUCUUCCAUGACUAAUCCCACUUCACAACAACCCUCCCACCAAAUACCUUUUCCCCUUCAUCACUCUCAACUUAAGCAUCCACCCACCAUCCAUUCCCCAAUCAAUACAGUUUAUCCACACUACUUAAACUCACUUUGUGCAGCAGCUCAAUAACCUAUAGGAUUUAAGAACUUAUAACCAUUACUUUCUACUCAUGCUUCAUAAACUACAAACUCUCAUGAUCCCUUUUUUUUUAUGGUCGAUAUUUUUAGUUAAUUUCUUUGAGAAUUAAAAUUAAGCUUAAGUUAUUUCUUUAUUUGAUUAAAGAUAGUUAAUAUAUGCUAAAGACGAAAGAACUUGUUAAGAAAACUACUUUUGUAUGGCUAAGAAUUAAAAAGUUUCUCCUUUAGUCUUAAGCAUGGUAAAAUCAAAUCCUUACUGGCUAAAAAGUUUUUUAAGGAGAAGAAAAUCUAUAUGCUAAAAUCACUAUUUUUUUCACUGAGAUUGUGAAAAAAAGGUGAGAGGGACAGACAUGCAUCCGGUUCCUCCUGAUCUUAAUCUUGAUCAACCAGCCAAGUUUUUCAAUGAUUUUUGUUUAUUUAUAAUAUCAAGUUCGAGUCUUUUGGGUAAGCUAGCGAGAAAGAUGUGUUGUUGUUGUUGUCAAUAUUAGGUACCUAAUUUUGGUCCAUCAUCAAUCUAUCCUCUUUCUCCACCGCUAAUUUUUAUCUCUUCUGACUUUUUUGGCUUCUGAUUGAUAUUACCUUCUUCUUCUCAAAUUCUCCAGACAUGGACAUGUUAGUUUUUGUUGGUUCUCAUCCCUCUCUGAUCUUCCCUUGGAUUUUAUUCUCUCCAUUUUUUUUCUUCUCAUUAAUCUUCCCAAUCAUUCCCUCUGCCAUCUGUCACCGUUUCCGUACAAUUGGGUUCGGGUUCUCCUUAAUGGUGGGAAUUCACUGUAUUUAGAUACCCAGAAAAUUAAAAUUAAUACUAAUAUUAUUAUCAAAAGACUGAAUAAAAACCUUGAAGGAGCUGUUGGUUUCUCUACCUGUGCUGUGGUGAAGUAUGUAUGCAAUUGCAAUCAAUGUUUUGUCGGUUGCGGUGUCAACACAUGUAUCUUUAUUAAGUGCACUUGAAGCUUUAGCCCCACUCGACAACUCCGUCGAUUUCGCCAAACUAAGCACACUCUUAUCUUUCAUUGGCUCUUCUUUUCUUAAAUUGUCAAUAUCAGAGUGAUACAAGUAAUCUUUUCUUGUGGUUGUAGGUGAAAUUUCAUUCUAACUCUUGUUUAUUUAUACACAUAUAUUUAUAUGUGGUUGUUUCCAUGCUUAAGCCUCUCCACACGGCAUGCUAAACUUCACUUGAAUCCCAUCCAUCAGUUCUUUUUCACUGCUGCAAUGAUUUUCUUCUUGAUUUCUUGCUUCUCCUUCAUCCUCCUCUCCAAGUCCUUCUCUUCCAACUUCAAGAAUAGACCGACAGUGAUCAGUGAGUGGAGAUUGCUGCUUCCGUCGCCUUGGUUUUGGGGUACCUUAUCUGGGUUCAUUGCGUCGUUUUCACAAAAAGGUUCUGGGUUUGGGAAUCAAGUGGUGACCAUGGUUAUCCCAUUGAAGAAGAUAGUGAGUUUUGGGUCAAGAGUGGAGAAUGUGGAGGAGGAAGAAAAGGUGAGUCUUUUAGAUUUGCCUGAACUUAUCCUGGAAUCAAUUCUUGAAAGGCUUUCUCCAUCUGGGUUGUGUAGUAUGGCGGGAGUUUGUACUUCCUUGAAGGAGAGAUGUGGAAGUGACCAUUUUUGGGAGAAACACAUGAAGCAAAAAUGGAGUAGAGUGAUUGGCGAUGCUGCUUACAGAGAAUGGCAAUGUUAUUUUGCCUCCGAAAUGGUACCGGGAAGUUUGGAUCAAACAAAGCCAACGAAAUUUUCGAGGUUUCUUAAUAGUGUUUGGCCUUUUUCUUGGAUUAAUCCAGAGGUAAAAAGUAUUGGUAGCAAUACAAGGAGUUUUGUGCAUGGUGGUUCAAUCAUGGCUUGGUAUCUCUCUCUUGAGAGUGGUAAACUGUGGUUCCCAGCUCAGGUCUAUAACCGGGAGAAUGGCCAUGUUGGGUUUAUGCUUUCUUGCUAUGAUGCCAAAGUUAGCUACAAUUCCCAGACAGACACUUUUCAGGCAAGGUACUCACCUCAUGGACAGCAUACAAGAGAGGAAAAUAUACCAUGGGAGAGGCUUAGAGCACCCCAAGUUGACACUCUUCCACAUGUUGUUCACAUCUCUGAUUGUUUACAUGACUUGAAACCUGGAGAUCAUAUUGAAAUCCAAUGGAGAAGAAACAAACAGUUUCCUUUUGGCUGGUGGUAUGGUGUUGUUGGUCACUUGGAAUCUUGUCAUGGAAAUGAGAAAAACUGCCUCUGUUAUCAUAGUGAUGAUGUGGCGCUGGAGUUUAACCAGUAUACUCCAGGUUCAAGAUGGAGACAAACAAUGAUAAACAGGAGGGAUCACCGGGAAGUAGGCGACGAAGCUGAUGGGUUUUAUGGUGGUGUUAGGAAGCUUUACAAGGAGGAGGACAUCUCAAUAUGGAAGAGACUAUGGCCAAAACAAGUAUUGGAAUAGUACAUGAUCUGUUAUGGAGUUUUUCUGUUGUCUCAGUAAGAAUCAUUUUGAGUAGAACUGAUAGUGCAUUAGGCUUCUUUUGUGCAGAGCCCUUGAAAGAUUCAUGUAUAUUGUAUUUCGUAUGACUGUAAUGAGUCUUUUUGGAUGUACAAAUAUGUGAUAUAUAUAUAUAUAUCCAAGAACAAAAAAGUUUUACACUA